AUGGACUUCGAUACCAGCACGCAUAAAGCGAGGUGGAUAUUUGAUCAAGACGCCCUGGCAGCAAAGCGUGAAGACGCACAGCAAAAGGCGGCGGAAAGCUUAAAGCGGUCAAGGGAGCCGACACCGGCGACGGAGGACGGCGCAGGCCUUCCAGAUGCCAAAAAGCAACGCGCCGAGGCACCAGUGAGCGCAGCCGAAGAGGCUUUGCUGCGGCGGUAUUUUGAGCUGAAGAUACGCCAGGUGUGCGAGGCCAUCCCGUUGGCGCCGAAGGUGCAGGCAACCGCAGCGGCAUACUUCAAGCGAUUUUACAUCCAGCGCAGCUGCCUGGAGCACGACCCCUCGCGCAUCAUGCCCACAUGCAUCUACCUGGCGGCCAAGGCGAGCCGCCGCGGACUGGCGAGAAGGGCCGAAGUGGAGGAGGCUUACAUUGGUGCAGAGGACUUUUGCAAAAAGCUGGGGCUGGACGCACAGACGGUGCUGCGGACAGAGGUGCCGCUGCUGCAGGGGCUGGGCUUUGACCUGGUGGUCCACUCACCCUACCGCGCUCUCAAUGGCUUGGUGCAGCGCUCGCCCGCGCUGGACCCGCCGCUGGCGGACGCGCCGCCGGAGUCCAUGCAGCGGCUGGCGCGCAGCGCGCACAAGGCCGUGGCGGCGAUCCUGCACAGCGACGCGCCGCUGCUGUUCCCUCCGGGCGUCCUCGCGCUCGCCGCGCUGCGCUCCGGCGCGCGCUCGGCCGGCCUGCCCUGCGCGCAGCUGCUGGAGCACGUCGCGCGCCGCGCGGCCGCGGCGCGCGCCGACGACCUCGAGCGCGAGCGGCGGCAGGGCGAGGACCGGGAGACGAUCCCGGGCGGCGCGCGCGCGCCGCCGGGGCGGCUGGUGGUACCGGGCGGCGGGGAGGGCGCGGAGGGGCUGCAGCGGCUGCUGGGGUGGAUAGGCGAGGUGGAUGCGCUGGUGGUGGCAGCGAUGAAGGAGGAGGAGGGGCUGGAGGCGCGCGCCACCGAGGCGGACCGCAAGAUCAAGCUGUGGCGCAAGGCAGCGGCCGGCGGUGGCGGCGGCGGCGGGCCCGCAGGCGGCGCGACGGCAACGGCAGCGGCGGCGGCAGCGGCGGCGGCGGCAGCAAGCGGCGACGGCGGUGAGCAGCCGCCGCGGUAG